AAGCAAAAUGUAAAAAACAACUGGGAAAAAAAAACAACCCCACAGAAGGAAGAGAGUUUUCUCAACUCUUAAAGAACAUUUCACCCUUCAGAUUAUUACAAACAUUCAACAUCAACACAUCUGGAGAUAUAUAGACACUAGACAGGAAGAAUCUGAAAUAAGAAAUGUGAAAAGCACCUAGUAAUUAAUCUUGGCAUAUAAAUGUAGUAAGUGUUGAGUGAAAAGAACAAUAUUUUCGUGGAGUAGAAAUAUAACAUUGCAAUAAACAAGGGAAAUACUCAAGUGAAGUACUAUAUAUUCCUGUAGAAGUACAAAUCUUGGAGAUCCACUAAAUUUUUCUUUUAAUGAUUUCUUUAACAUUUCCUCUGCUCUCCCCCUCUCUUCCUCUCCUCCCCUCCUCUUCCUCUCCAUCCAAGCCAACAUGUCAGUCACCAUGGUAACCGACGUAGACCCCUCCAUCGACUGGUCGGUGGUGUCUGUGACCCCGGCGGGUACGAAUGUCACAGACUGGGAGCGUGACGCCCUCCUGGCCGUGGGAGAGGUGGUGGUGUUGGCUGUCAUCUUUGUGAUGGCGCUGCUCGGCAACGGGCUGGUGCUGGUGGUGCUGCUCAGGCGGAGGGGACACCACAACCCGCUGCACCAGUUCAUGCUCAACCUCUGCGUGGCCGACCUGGUGGUGGCGUUUUUCCAGGUGUUGCCCCAGCUGGUGUGGGAUGCUAAAGGUCGCUUUCCUGGCCCGGACUUCCUGUGCCGGCUGGUGAAAUACCUGCAGGUGCUCGGGAUGUUUGUCUCUUCCUACAUGAUUGUGGCUAUGACGGUGGACCGGCACUACGCCAUCUGCAGUCCCCUGCAGGCCCACCGCAGCGGGGCCAUGCAACGCUGGAACACCUUCAUCCUGCUGGCCUGGGCGCUGUCGCUGCUGCUCAGCCUGCCACAGGUUUUCAUCUUCUCCCAGUCAGAAGUGGCUCCAGGUGUCUAUGAGUGCUGGGGAAGCUUUGCUGAGUCAUGGGGCCUCAAAGCCUACGUGACGUGGAUGACCCUGGCUGUCUUCAUCCUCCCUGUCCUCAUCAUCACCGUCUGCCAGGUGCGAAUCUUCAUGGAGAUCCACAACAAUUUGUACCUGAAGUCAGAGCGCCACCUGUCUCCCUCCUCCCUACCUCCAUCCAGGCGGGACAGCCAGAGAGGAGGAGGAGGAGGAGGAGGAACCAGCAGCAGAGCGAGGUCCAGUCUGCCUGCGUAUGUUUCACCAAUUAUGUUCAACAACCCAGCCACUCACACCAACUUUGGGCCCGGAUCCACCUAUCAGCACCUGCCCAUGGGUCCACUCAGGUCCAACAGCAUUGCUUCACAUUGUGAUAUUCACAGCUACACGGCUGUUCAUUCAGCUGAGCUGCAGCCUGAUGUGCUGCCUGACCCAGCAGCGCCCUCUGCUGUCUGCUGCCCCCCACCCAAAGCGCCCCCUGCCCGUGGUGGAGAGGUAUCCGCGGCCAUGUCGAAGACAGUGAGGAUGACGCUGGUCAUAGUGCUCGUCUACUCUCUCUGCUGGGCCCCGUUCUUCAGUGUCCAGCUGUGGGCCGCCUGGGACCCCGACCCACCUCAAAACGGUGCUGUCUUCACCUUGCUGAUGCUGCUGGCCAGUCUGAACUCCUGCACCAACCCCUGGAUCUACUCCGCCUUCUCCAGCAGCGUCUCCCCGGAGCUCCGGCUGCUGCUGCUCUGUCGCGCACACACGCCGCGCCGAGGCUCCUUACCGAACGACUCAACCACCACACACACCUCCGGUUACUGAACAACAUCCACCAGAAAAACACAGUCAACAACACUGUGACGGCCACGACACGCCAUGAUGUGCCACUUAAAAUACAGAACUGACUCAAAAAUAGCGUGAUUACUUUUCCACAUGUUGACUGUUGUUAAUGAAAGUAGUGUUUUGUUUUUUACAUUUUUGGUAA